CUUUUAUUGACCGCCGACGAAGAGUCUGGAGAACUUCGACUGCCAAGACAGACGCAUCUCAGUCCUACAGAUAUCAUUGAUAUCAAGAGACAUUCAGAAUGGGGAAGCGAAAAGAGCUCAAAGAUAAUGACGUCGAGAUGGGCGGUACCGGGCGCCCGGUGGAGGACGAUGAGUCCGACGAGGAAAUGGAUAUGGUGAAUGUGGAUUUCGAAUGGUUUGAUCCGCAGCCCGCUGUGGAUUUCCACGGACUCAAGAAUCUCCUCCGACAACUAUUCGACGCCGAUUCUCAGAUCUUCGACUUGUCCGCAUUGACGGAUCUGAUACUAGCACAGCCAUUGCUCGGAUCGACAGUAAAGGUGGACGGCAAUGAAUCCGAUCCAUAUGCCUUCUUGACCGUAUUGAACCUGCAGGAGCACAAGGAUAAACCCGUGAUCAAGGAUUUAACAUCGUACCUCCAACGCAAAGCCUCGUCCAAUCCUUCACUCGCACCACUUUCGGAGCUCCUUUCCCAAUCACCCAUUCCUCCAAUUGGAUUGAUUCUCACCGAGCGCUUGAUCAACAUGCCUGCCGAAGUCGUUCCUCCAAUGUAUAGCAUGCUUCUGGAGGAGAUCGCGUGGGCCAUUGAAGACAAGGAGCCGUACAACUUCUCCCACUAUCUGAUUGUCUCCAAGACAUACGAGGAGGUUGAAUCCAAGCUGGACAUGGAAGAGUCCCGGCCGCAGAAGAAGAAGAAGAAGUCCGGCAGCAAUGUCGAGCGGUUCUUCUUUCAUCCCGAAGAUGAGGUGCUUGAGCGACAUGCGAUCUGCUCUGGCUCGAUAGAGUAUACACACAAGCACGACGAGGGCCUCUCAGACUCGAAACGAGCUUUUCAGGAUCUCGGCAUCAAGACAUCGGGAAGUCUGAUUUUGAUCGACGGCCCGAAACUGGAAGCUGCAGUCAAAGAAGUGACGGAUUACUUAAAACCUCCUGUAUAGACAUAUCAGACCUGCAGCCAAUGAUUUCAUGACGAAAGAACAAAAGUAUGAGUAUUAGCGGACGCAUGCAUGUCUAUAUCCAUCAUUCAACCCAGAGAUUACAGCUUCUUUUCUUUUCGUGAGGGCAUAAGAUACAUCAUUCGCAUCAAUACAUCAUAUAUACUGGCGAGGCCACCUAUAUCGUUCACUCCCAUUGAGUGCCUUUCAGCCGUUGC